AGCGGAGAAACGCCAGCGGUCUGGAAGCAACGAGGGGAGCACCACGGAAUAGACCCCGUUAUUUUGUUGUGAUUGCCCUAUCUAGAUCGUAUUCUGUCAGAUCUCUCUGAAAAGUGAGUCGAUACACCAUUGAGGAUGUCGGUGGCAGGGCUGAAGAAGCAAUUUCACAAAGCCAGUCAGCUGCUGAGUGAGAAGAUAAGUGGUGCUGAAGGGACAAAGCUGGAUGAAGACUUCAUGGAGAUGGAGAGGAAAAUCGAUGUCACCAACAAAUCAGUGUUGGACCUCUUGACCAAAACAACAGAAUACCUACAACCUAACCCAGCUUCCAGAGCCAAGUUGGGGAUGUUAAACACAGUAUCGAAGAUGAGAGGACAGGUGAAGACCACAGGAUACCCACAGACCGAGGGCCUACUGGGGGACUGUAUGAUGCGCUAUGGACAUGAUCUGGGAGACCAGUCCUCCUUCGGCGGUGCGUUGGUGGACAUCGGUGAGGCCAUGAGGCAGAUGGCCGACGUGAAAGACUCUCUGGACAUCAGUGUCAAACAAAACUUUAUUGACCCACUCCAGAACUUACAGGACAAAGACCUCAAGGAGAUCACGCAUCACCUGAAGAAGCUGGAGGGGAGGCGGUUGGACUUUGACUAUAAGAAGAAGCGUCAGGGGAAGGUGCCUGACGAGGAGAUCCGUCAGGCGGUUGAGAAGUUUGAGGAGAGCAAAGAGGUGGCCGAGAGGAGCAUGUUCAACUUCCUGGAGAACGAUGUGGAGCAGGUGAGUCAGCUGUCAGCGUUGGUUGAAGCAGCGUUAGACUACCACCGUCAGUCCUUGGAGGUCCUAGAAGACCUCAACACCCAACUACAAAACAGGAUAUCCUCAGCCAGCAGUCGACCGAAGAGAGAAUUUAAACCAAAGUCCAUCAUGAGCAGCAUUGAGACCAUAGACAACACUCAACACAAUGGAUCAUAUAGCUCCUCACUCAAGUCCUCAGAAUCGGAGGUGCUGGACCAGCCGUGUGCCAGGUCCCUGUAUGACUUUGAGCCAGAGAACGAUGGCGAGCUGGGCUUUAAGGAGGGUGACAUCAUCAUCCUCACCAACCAGAUAGAUGACAACUGGUAUGAAGGCAUGAUAAACGGAGACUCUGGCUUCUUCCCAAUCAACUAUGUGGAGGUUAUCGUACCCCUGCCCCAGUGAGACAGGAAUGGACAGGACACCACCCAAUCAGGGACCAAACUCCCGAGCCCAACCUCCUCACAGCCUCCCCUAGUUCCUACAUCCUACGCACCUGUGGACAUCUGAGAGGACUUUGUUAUUUUGAUCUGAGAGCUAUUUCCAUAUAGAUUGCACCGGUCGAAUCCGCUCAGAUCUCCACAGGUGCGUAGGGUGCAGGGUCUUGGGGUCGAUUUGGGAUUAUACACAGUGUCCAUUUCAUCAGACUUCAAACCCCACCCUCAAGCCUCCAGUCAUCAACCCCCAGCCUCCAGUCCCUACCCUUACACCCUCAGCCUUAGAAACACAGUACUCAAUCCCAAAUCGACCCUAUACCCUAGACACUUUUGUAGAUCUGAAAAGAUUGGACAGGUAUAAGGAAGGAAGUGGACAUUCUAAGCAGUCUAUCAGAAGGCAGAGUGAAGUAAAUCUGAUCUUGUUAAUACCAAUCCUUUAAGAUCAAUAGGAGUGUGUAGGGGUUAGAGGGGAUAUGGGUUUAUUUGGGAUUUCAGCACAACAACUCCUAGCACAAACCUACGUCUAAUUUAUUGUCAAAACGACAUGUAAUCCCUAGUCCCAGACUACAACCCUCCAAUACCACAGCCCCUAACCCAAACCACAAACUCCAUGAAAUCGCCAGAUGAAAUUGAUCACAACACACUUCAUCAACAUCCUCCUCAGAUGACGACGCCUUGCUUUUAAAUAAGUCUACUACUUUUCUCUUUGUCUUUUACAAUAUUUAUUUUCUACAUUGUUCUUUUCAUGGUUUGUGAAAUGUGAAAAUCAGGGUUCCUCCCCCAAACAGUGUUCCAUUUGGAGCAGCUACAGGUGACGCCAUCAGACAAGACGACUAAAAUAAUCACCUGAAAAUCGCUGUGUAACAGAAACCACUUAUGGUUUGAAAUAUUUUCUGGUUGUAAACUGAAGAAAAGUCAUUCCAGGUUAUCAAAGAUGAUGCUUUUCUCAUGAUCUGCCACCAUGAGAAAACAAAAUGGAGUCUCCUGGAGAAAUCCACAUUGCUACUGUGCAUCUCCGUUUGGUUCGGGGUUUCCUGUGUAACUCUUCUUCAAGUGGUGAUGUUGAGUUAGGAGUGGUCUUUUUGUUCCUUUUCUCUGCUGUUAUCUGUAGGGCCAGGAGUUAUGCCUGACCAUGUUACCUGACCAAGACGAACUCUAGUCCCUAGUUCUAGGUUAUUAUAGGCUUUAACAUGUGUCCAGAGUUGUUCCUGUUGUCUGUCUCUCUGUACCUCCGUCUGCCUGCCUGCCUGUCUGCCUGUUGUGCUCUUAAGUGUUAUCCCAAACACAUAUUUUUAAACUGUAAGGAACUGAUUUUAUAACUCUGAAUGUCCCUCUCUCUCUCUGUGUUUACAUGGUCUGGUCUUACUGUGACGUAAAGACUCCUCUAAGGACUGUACCACUGUUCUGUGUCAGACGGGGGUGAAUGCCUUGACCCACGUGGACCUUUUAAGUGCUUUUUAAAAUGUCGUCUGUAUUGCACUGAAGCUUUAGACCCGAACGCGCAGCUCCGGACAUGCACAUACUGUAUGUUUUCUAGUUUCUCCUCAAGCACUGCACUUUCUAUGUCCUUCACCAUGAGAGGAAAUAUCUAUAUCACAUCAGUACCGUCUGUUAAGUUAUCGCCAUGGUGAAUAUAUAGAUUGAUAUGGACCACGAUAUGUACUGUAUGUGAUGAAACAGUUUGUCUGCCAUGUAACGUCAGACCACCAUUGUAGAUUGAAUGAAGUCUCAAAAUGAUACACAUUAAAGGCAUACUCUGUCACUUUUCUUUCCCCUGUGGUAGGACCACAAAGUACUUACACACUCGAAACCAAACACACAAACAAAACUAACAUUGUUUGAUUCACAUCAAUCAGGCUCUUCUUUGUCUUUGUACUUUGCACUUGCAAAGACUCUCAAGCCUCCAAAACAAACACGUGUUAUCUAAGGCCUCACAGGUGACCAGAAAUAGAAGCAAUGAAGUGUGCCUUUAAUGAGAUAUACCUGUCUAGUAUCAUGUCUGAAGUCUGAUAACCCUGGGCUUAUUUAGGAAGUACAGCACUGCUCUGACCUGACCUUCUAAUUGACACGUCUCUUUAGCCUGAUAGUUGGUUUUUAACUGCCAAUAGCCUCUCUCUCUCUCUGCUGAGAAUGGAAUUUAUCAGAGCCCUAUAAUAAGUAUUAUGUACUGUGUAUAUAUAGCUCUAGAUUUUAUAUGUUCACCAUUCAACAGAAUGGAUAACUCCAGAAUGAUUGAACAACAAUGACAUAGCUGAAUCAUCAUCAUGUAUGGUCAUUUGUUUUCCUUUUUAAUUUAGAAAAACAGUAUUUAAAAAGCCACUGUAGUGUGUGGACAUUCCCUUUACCCAAAAGUCUGGAUUGGGUAUUUCUACCAAAAUACACUUCAACAUUCUUAAGCAUCUUCGUCCUCUAAGUAUAACCAUGUUCUGGACCAACUACACUAACUAAACAACAGGGGAAGUAUAGGACCAUGUCCAAAGGUGUCUAAAGGUAAUACACACUGUUUUCAUAAUGCUAGUGAAUAUGGAAAACCCCUGUUUGCAUGAUUUAAAAAGAAAGACUGCAGCCAUGGAUUUGAUUGUGAGAGAGAAAAGAGAUUUUGUAGGAGGCAGCAUAAGAGAUGGAAAAAGCUUCAAUGUGGAAGAAGAUUGUUCUGAAGCCCAACCCUUCUGUUCUGUAAUAGCCUGCUGCUUUCUGAAGGUGUCUGUCUGAUGGUUGACAGUGUGUGUGUCCGUCCCAUUUGGGACAAAGCCUCUGUGAGAUGACUGAGAUGACACUUCCCCAACACUACAGCUGGACGAUAUGUCCAUGUCCACUGUUAACGCUCUCUUUGCUCUACUUAACCAGCUCUGGAACCACUCUGUUCAGUGUCACUUCACCCCAAACUUAGUCAAUGGAAACUGGCUGUACAUACUUCAUGACCUCCGUUUUGUAUUUUAUUUCUUUUCUGUAACAUAAUCUAUAUAAAAUGUGUUUUAUUGAUGUUGUAAAUGAAUAUAUUAAUACGUACUGUAUAUUGCGUAAAUAAAUGAAAGCAAAUACUGA